AUGAUUCCGAAGAGUAAUAUCAGCCUCCGGUUUGUUGUGGUAGGGGGUGGAAUAGGUGGCUUGUCGGUAGCUAUUGGACUCGUUCUGGCCGGGCACGAAGUUAUUGUUUUAGAAAAAGCUCAACAAUUAUCGGAGGUCGGUGCUGGUAUCCAGAUCCCGCCCAAUUCUACCAGAAUACUUGAAGUACUUGGAUGCAAAACACAGAUAUUAGAGAAAGCUCUGGUACCAAAGGCGUACCAUUUUUUCAACCACAAAGGAGACAAUCUUAUCAAUAUAGAGCUUGAUCCCUACUGUGCUCGCAAGUACGGUUGCAAAUCCCUACACAUACACAGAGGAGAUUUUCACAAGUGUCUUGUUGAAAGAGCCAGAGAACUGAGAAUCACAAUCCUUGUAAACUCAGGCAUUGUGGAGAUUGACCUGGAUCACAACAUUGCAAUAACCCAUGAUGGCCACAAAUAUCAUGGAGACGUGAUUAUAGGAGCCGACGGCUUGAACUCGAAUGUUCGCAGCUCUAUAUUUGGAAAACAUUCCCUAGCAACAAAUAGUGGAGAUCAAGCUUAUCGCUCUUUGAUAUCGAUUCCGGAGAUGGCUAAGCACCCAGAACUAGACUUCAUCCACAAGAUACCAUGUGUCAACUUUUUCUGGGGCCCCCAAGGUCACGUGGUGACUUACCCCUUGAAGGGUGGCAACAGCUGCAACGUUGUUGUAAUGGGGCCCGACAACCUCCCACCAGAUGCAAGAGUUGUUGCUGCAGACAAGCAUGAGGUCUUGCAAUUUUUGAAAACUUGGGACUCUCGACUGCAACUGCUUUUGAGCCUUGCAACCUCAACUUUCAAGUGGAGACUUCAAUAUAUUGAGGAGCUGGAUUCCUGGAGCCAUCCUACUCAAAACGUAACUCUUCUGGGAGAUGCAUGCCAUGCGACUUUGCCUUAUCUGGCUCAAGGAGCAGCUCAAGCCAUAGAAGAUGCCGCUGCCUUAGCGUACCUAUUUGGAAAAAUCAAACACAAAUCUGAGAUACAUUUUAUAUUGGAGAUGUACGAAUACAUCAGAAAACCAAGGACAACCCGCAUUGUGAACUCCUCAAAAGAUUGCCAACAAAUUUACCAUCUCCAGGAUGGAGAAAAACAGAAGUUGAGAGACCUAGAAUGUGCAUUAGAUCCUCCACAGGAAAGAUGCCCAGCUCGGUGGGCAGACCCUGAGUUUCAGGAGUACCUGUUUGGCUACAACAUAUUCGAAGAGUGCAAAAAACAAUGGCUUUUGGCAACCACUAUGAAAGAGAAAUUGUGA